AAUCGGGAGUGAAUGGUUUGUUUUAGAAUUAUAAUUGAAGUGAAAAUAUUAAAUUAGAAUACAUUAUGCCCGGUGCUACUUGGGAUACAAAUACAACGAGAAUGCUGAGUCGAUGGAAGAAUGUUGUGAACUCUGUACGUUCAAGUUUAGCGGUGAAGAAUAGCCAAGAAAACGGCGCGAAAAACAAAGACUCCAACCUAGAUGCUCUAUGCGACGGAGAACCUCUACCGUCUUUGGAGGAGGUUCGUUGCUGGGGGAAAUCAUUCGAUAAAUUAAUGAGAAGUUCAGCGGGUCGCAAGAUAUUCCGUGAAUUUCUACGCUGUGAAUAUAGUGAAGAAAAUAUUUUAUUUUGGCUGGCGUGCGAGGACCUAAAGAAGGAGACGAAUCCGGAUGUAGUAGAAGAAAAAGCUAGGUUCAUCUAUGAAGACUACAUUUCAAUAUUAUCACCAAAAGAGGUGAGCCUGGACUCGAGGGUGCGCGACCAGGUGAACAAGAACAUGGUCUCGCCGACGCCACACACGUUUGACGAGGCACAACUGCAGAUCUACACCCUCAUGCACCGCGACUCGUAUCCGCGCUUCAUCAACUCCACAUCCUACAAGCAGUUGGCACAACUGACCAGCAGCGACGACAACAGUGCUGCCAACAGCGGCUCGGGAACGCCCACCACGCGCCGGCAGAGCAACGCAUAAUGAACGGCUUCCCAAACAUGGCUGCUGCCACUCCCCAAACAUGGUUGCCAACGUUCGGGAGCCGGCGCCAAUUUCAAACAAACUGUCGAUUUGAAAUUAAGCGUGCGUCUGUGUGUGUGGUGUGUGCUAAACAUGUACUAAACUGCCCUGUGCAACAAUAUGUGAAUAUUUCGAAUAAAAUUCGCACUCUCUGUAAUACUAGUAAUAAUACUUAGAGAUCACAAAAAUAAUUCAAGCAAGUGGUGGUUCUCAAAGAGUUCCAACACCUUGCUACUGUUACACACUACAAAAAACAACUGAUUAGUUGGGUCUUUAUCAUGCAUACAACAUGAUGAUAAAUAAAUAAAUUAUUAUACAUAACAUAUUAUAAAUAAUGAUAAUGAAUGAAUAAGAUGUUACUUUUUAUACUUUUUACUAGGUAAUUGAUGAUGAUUUAGUUUAGUGUGUAUGUGUGUAUACAAUGCAUUAUUCAAAGUAGGUGCAACGAAUCUGUACUGUAUUAUACUUUGAAUUGUGUUGUUGUUUUUGUCUCACAAAUUGUUGAUGAUUAUUAUUUGAAAAGUGAACACUGUUGCACAAAAUUAUGAAUUGUUGCCAGCAAUCUCAGUUACCCCUAUGUUUUUGGCUGGAGGUUCAACAAUUUCAGUUCUAUUUAUGAUUUAAGUUGGAGGUCGUUUACUUAAAAAUGGAAUUUGUACAAAGAUAAAGAUACUGUCGUCGCUAUGAAUGCUAAAAAAUAUUGUAUUAAUGUUAAUAAUUUGAUUCUUUUUAAUGAGAGAGUCUGUUUAUAAUUCAUUACUCUUUUAUACUGGACCAAGUUAUGUACAAAUAUCUAGUCAUAACAAUUAAACUUAAUGAAAAAGUAAUAUUGUCAGUUAUUAUGAAACAAUAUGAUGUAAAUGUUACUAUAAACUACUUGAAAUUUGUAAUGAAUGAUGAAAAGUAAUAUGAAACACAGAUUAAACAGGCGAUAAGCUGUAGAGAAACUGAGAAUAAGAGAAGCCUUUCCAAAAAGCAAAUUGAGAUGAUAGAUGAUUAUAAUUUAGGAAAGACAAAUUUGAAGACAUUGAUUGGCUGUGAAGCUUCAUUAUAAUACUCAUAAAAUCACUCAAACAAAAUGGAGGAUGAAGAUAGAAGCAGAAGAUGUUGGAUCUGACAAAUCAUGUGAUACUCUCUGCAUCAGGACAAUUUAUUGUUGAGUGAUAACUAUUAUUUCAAUCAGAAUUCGACAAGUGAUAAACGUAGGUACCGUAGCUGCUGCAGAGGACAAUGUGUUGUGUAAAGACUUGUGCGUUCAGUUAUAUGUGUGUAAUAUACAGUAAUAUUAUCUUGAAAAUAAAGCUUUAAUAACAAUAAUGACGAUACUAAAACAAAACACAAUUUUAAUAUUACUUAUGCUAUAUGCACGUGCAUAUCGAAUGAUGGGAAACUACAAUUUAAAAUGCAUUGUGUCUAUGGUACCAUCUAUAAGGAUUAAACAUAUACGAGGGCCUAUUGAGUGAAUGUGAUUCAGAUUUUGGCCUACGGAGGUAGCUCUUUAUUAAUAAAUAAUUAUUAUUAUAACCAUGGGAUAAUAAUUAUAAUUAUUAUAUUGUAAACAGUAUCGUUUUAAAAUGUUCCAUCUUUAUCGUCCUGUAUUAGUUCAAUGUCAUCUCUCUCACUCUGCUUUGAUAGCCUAUAUUUCAAUUUUACCGAUUCUGUUGAAUAUGAUUGUAACGAUUUGUAAUAGGAUAGACUAAAUUUGAUUUGCAGCAGGAUGCCUAAAUAAUACGGAUCUUGUAUAGAUGAGGGUAUGCAUGUAUUCAGUAAUUUAUAAGAAAGAGUAAACGGUGAUCCUAAUACCUAUAAUAUAUAGAUGAAUAAUCCAGUUUGAAUAAGUAUGAAAAAAGUUACUCUACAAGUUUGAACAAGUGAAGAAUCAACUUAAAUUCUAAAUGUACUCACGAAUGUACAGAUUUUAGAACAAAAUGUAAAGAAAUCAUAAAUUCACUUCAAAUAGCCUACAAACCUACCAAGAAAUAUCAUUGAAGAUUGAAAUAUCAUCAAUUCCAAUGCGUUUUCAACGUAUUCUAAUUUCAAAUUUUCCUUCCCGCACAGUUACAAGAAAAACAUUAAUAUUUUAUUUCAUUUUAUUAUAAAAAGCUCAUUGACAUCCAAGCAGAUGAAUAGUCAACGUGGGCAUUAUGCAUUCCAAAAAGUUUCAAUUCUCUCUGGAAUAACAACUACGGUACCAAAUUUAAUAAGAUAGACCGACUAUUCCAUAGACCUGAAUAUCGCAAGUAGAGUGUAUGCAAUUCAAUACUACUCUAAAAUGUAUGCUAAAUUGAUGUAAAAAAAUUCAAGUUUUUGAGAGUUUUCAUUCAUGUUUAACUGUUCUCAACAUGAAAAUACCAUCAGAUACAACAAAUACAGUAUAAAAAUAUACUAAUAUGGCUAUUCAUUUUUUUUAAAUUGUAUCCUGCAAGUGCAUGAUACUCUUGAUAAAUUUGUCUAGCAUGUAUUACACAUAUUACAUAUUAUGUAGUAGUAUGUACCAACAUAUAACACAUUAUGAUGUGGAAACUUAUGUUUAUGAAAUAUUCGAUACUGUUUUAUUUUUCAAGUAUUUAUAAAGAAGAAAUUUUAUGCACAAAUUGGCAUUGCUACACGAUGUAUUGUAUCUUGUACAAAAUCAGAUACCAGCAGGAAAUAUUUUGCACAUUAUUAUUGAUGUGGAAACUCAUGUUUAUAAAAUAUACGAGACUGUUUAAUUUUUCAAGUAUUUAUAAUGAAGAAAUUUUAUGCACAAAUUGGCAUUGCUACACGAUGUAUUGUAGCUUGUACAAAAUCAGAUACCAGCAGGAAAUAUUUUGCACAUUAUUAUUGAUGUGGAAAUUUAUGUUUAUAAAAUAUACGAGACUGUUUAAUUUUUCAAGUAUUCAUAAUGAAGAAAUUGUAUGCACAAAUUGGCAUUGCUACACGAUUUAUUCAAUAUCUAUUGCAAAUUCGUACAAUCUAAGACAAAAUCUUAUCAUGUCUUAUUUCUAUAAUUAUUUUCGGUCUUCCAAAUAUUAUGAAACCUUGUAAAAUAACUGGGAAGUAUGUAGAGGAUAUGUGCGGAAUAAGGUGUCUGUCAAAGAAACUCCAAAGAAAAUAUAAAAUAUUAUUACAAUAUAUUAUCACAAACAAGUAAAUCUACUUUCAAGCAUUAUCAGUAUUCAUUAUUAAUAAGUCAACGUUUAAUUCAAAUAUUUAUCAUCUUGAAGCAAAACAGCAAAUCUCAUGUGAGUAUAUUUGCUUGCAUAUAUUUUAUCUCCAGAUUAUUUUUGAGUGAGCAUGAGAUUUUUCUUCAAGAUUUCGAAACCUUGAGCACUGGCUAACGAGAUAAUUUCUGUUCAAUUCUAUUCACGCCUAUUUGAAAGCCAAGUUAUUUCAUUGUAUCUCUGAUUGUAAAUAGUGCUUCCACAUAUAUAAAUCAGUAGAAAACGUAAAAAUAUAAAAUCCUCCAAUUCUUGAGAAAUUGUUCUCAAUGAACUACUUUUAAUGAAUUAUACUUUGUCAGUAGACGAGGUAGUAAAAGACCUGGAUCAAAACCUUCUAAUUUCUCAUCGAUUUCAUUCAAACCGGUACAAUUCAUGAGAAACAUUACCUAUUUCAUGAAUAUCACUGUACCUUCAUUUACGAUGAAUAUUGAAAGCAAUUUUAAAAAGAUCUGCUAGUAUACGGUACUGUCCAAUGUAUUUGAAAAGAAUGCUUUUGCACUUAUUGUAGACCUUAUUUUUGGUAUUGAGUAGUAUUGUCAGUAUUGCUUUACAGUAACUAUCAUUGUUAAAGUUUUCAAUUCUACUAGAAGUUUUUAAAAUAUAUUGGAGGUGGAAUCUCAUCAUUUGAAGAUAUAUGGUCUGCAUAAUCCAAAGAUAUUUAAAUUGUUUACUAUCUAAUAAUAAUUAUGUCUAGUUUGUUUGAUAGUAUCAUUCGUUGCUCCAAAUUCUCUAUUUUUAACUCUGUUGAAGUUCUGACACUGUGUUACUUGUAAAUAUUUGAAAAACACUCACUUUUGUUGGAGUAUUGAGGAAUGCAUUUCACUCCUGAAGAGGAGCGACAGCUUCAUCAGCCUGACACCAGGGGCGCUUGCUCUUAUAGGUUUGGACUGUGUGGCCAAAACGUGGGAAAAUAUUACAUUCGAUUUGAAGUUGAGUUGAUCAUUUAAUAAGUUGGAUUUGUUGGCUGAUGAAGCUCCUCUUCAGGAGUGAAAUGCAUUCCUCAAUACUCCAAAAAAUAUUUUUUCAAAUAUUUACAAGUAACACUUAUUAUAUAGUGUUUCGUCAUGGAAAGCAACUUCAAUCUCUAUUUUUGUUGAAUGUAUGAAACUAAACGAGCAAAUAUGAGUAUAUUCACUUCUACUGCUGGAGAGUAUAAAUAUUAUUGUACCUACUGUAUCAAAAUUACCUACCUACCUAAAUGUCAAAUUUAGUGUCUACCCAAAGAAAUGUGUUACCAGUUUUAAGCAUUUUUUUUUUUUUUUCUUGUUUAUAAUAAUUGAAAAAUAACUCAUUAGAACCUACCAAAGAUAAACUAGUUUUCAAUGAACUUGGCAGAAAUUAGGCCCAAAUUGUACAAGUUGCCAAGUUAUAUAGCCUAAGUUGUACCAAAGGAACUUGUUAUGCCCAAAGUAAUAAUUUGUUACCCGGGUCUAACUAAAAUUGGUAAACGACACCAAAAAUUUAUUAUACUAUUCAUGUAUCGUUAUGUUAAUGUAUCUUUGUCUUUUAGUUAACAAAAUCCAUAGAAUUGAAAGGGAAUUAUCCGAUUUUCCCUAAACACAACCUUGAAAUGUACCUACCGUAUCUGUGAAUUUUUGUGGAAAUUGUUUGCUUCAAUUGCAUGGAAUCACAGUAACCAUAUUACUAUAUUGGGUAAUAUAGUUACUGUACAUAGAAUGAUGGGAAAUUUUUACAUAAAAUAUGUGUGUCGUAAAUUUAAUUGAAAAAUUUAUCUUAAACGUUUUUAUUCAAAUAUAAUCUUUUUACUUUUGAAACCCACAUUUGGAUUUGUAUACAAGUAUGAGGACUUCUAGGGGCAAACAUCAGUAUUGGUCACCUUCAUCAACUCAAACCAUGAAUAAUGAACUUGAAAAAAAAAUUAAACCAAUAUCCUUUAAAAAAAUGUGUAUGAGCAUACUUUUGCUUAGACAAAUUGCAUGAGAAAAAAAUCACAGCAAUUCAUUUCUACAUACUGUAAUUAUCUGUAUCAUAAAGAAAGGAUAAGCGUAAGUCUAACCUAUAGGUAACCUAUUUAUUUUAUUUAUAGGAGAAUCUAUUUGUUUGUUUCUGUCUAUAUGAAGAGGUCCUCACAAUUGUCAAUUUCAUUCAAGUUUGAACUUGGGUAACUUAAAAACAUUUUGAAUGCACCUGUUAGUAAUCUACUGCUUUACACAUGAUUGUUGUUUGUUGAUCAACUGUUAAUUAUUGUUAAUCAACUAAAGCUGCUGUUGAUUAUUUGAUUUUUUUGAAAUUGGCAUUGAAGAGUAUGAAGUAUUGAACAAUUAUUCGUAGAAAUCACAUCUAUUACAAUAUCGGUGACAAAUUAACAUCCAACCAUUAUUAGAGAUAUGAGUAAAAAAAUAAACUUACUGGCACUAACAACAACUGAGAACAUAGUCCUAUGAGUUUACAUCAUGAACGCACAAAUUGAUUAACUUUUAACUAUGUGUAUAUGUAUAUUAAAGUUAUUAUUGUUAAAUUUGUUGAGUUACCAAACUGUAUAGAGUGAGUGUGGAAAAUGUUUUUUGUUGGAAGAACUAAACGCGCAGAGUUUUCAAGUAAUCGGCAAUCAAUUUUGAUAGUGUUUAAUAUUGGAGAUCUGACCUCUGGUAAAGGAGGCUGAAAUGUUCAAUCAUCAAACAUCAAGAACAUAAUAAGAAUGUACAGGUUUUUCCAAUUUGAAUGAAUUGGUUGUAAUAAUUUUCUAAGAUCACUUUGAAAAUCAAAAUAAUUAUGCAAAUAAAUUGUUGUUGAAUGGUUACGGUACUUUAAAUAAUAAUAUGUAUAGGUCUUACAAUAAUUACCGGUCUAAAUGACAGAACUUUGAUAGACAAAUUGUAAAAAGGUCUCAAUUUAUGGAUGCUGUAUAUUUAUUCUAGCUGUAUUUUACUGAGAUUCCAUUGAUUUGUAUGAUGUAUUUUUUAGCUUUAUUCACCCUUUAUUGCUUUCGGGCACAAAUCUUGAAGGAAAUUAAUUUUUGGUACCUACAAUCAUAAACUGCAAUAUCAUCGCCAUUGUAAUUAACUUGAAAGAUAAAAAUUUGGUACCUACUGUCAAGCAAUCACAAUUUUUACUUGUUUUUAACAGAGCAAUAAUAGCUCAUUCUUCUUUAUGAAAGUCAUGAAGAAAAAAUUGUUUUUGUAAAAUUUUGUAGGUACAAAUUCCUCCCUAUAUUUAACUCUCUUCUCAUGAUGUAUAAUAUAGAUUUUUCAUUUUUCAUGACUGUCCAUUGGGCAUUGAUCAAUACCUAAAACUAAACUCAAGCAUCAAAUUGAAAACUAUUUUGCUUCAAGUCACGAAGUGAGUGCUUUAUUUUAUUAAAAAAGCUCAUUUUAAAUCAUGUUGAAUGAUUCUUAAUUAUUUGAAUUAAAAAAUAAUGGAUCUUCAUUUAUAUCCAUUUGAGUACUUCUUAUUUGGCCAACUCAAAAAUAAAUUAGAGAAUUCAACAAAUAUUUAGCAGAGCUAAAUUCUUCAACUGAUUGCAAUAAAACUUGUAUUGACUUACAAGUGUUUGAAAGUGUAGGCUACCUAUUAGCCUAUAAAUUAGAUCAUUAUGAGUAUUGAUUUCACACUGGCUUCUGUAUGUACCUACAUUGAGAAGAAAUCUUAAUUCUUAUGAAUGACAUUUUUACAAAUAGGCCUACAAGUAUGCGAAUUUUACACCAGCUA